AUGAUCACUGAAUGUAAGGGCUGGGUGAGGGACAUUCAGAGGACGGAGGAUCAAGCCUGCACAGGUUCUUGCAUGAAUCAGUGUUCAAGGAAGGGCAAUUUAGAGUCCCAUAUUCGAAUUCACACUGGAGAAAAACCAUACCUGUGUCCACAUUGCCCAUAUCGAUCCUCUCGAAUACACAGGCAAGAGGCAGAUGUAGGCCUAAUGUAUAAUAGGUGUCAGAUCACACAGGUGAGGCUGGAGAGAGACCAUGUGUGGCUUGGAAGAAGAGGAGGAGGCGUUGGACGGGGCCACAGUACUCCCAUGAAGAUGCAUCACUGCCCCUACUGCGACUACUCCUCAAAUGUUACUACUAAUUUGAAGAAUCACUUGCACCGACACACUGGCGAAAAACCAUAUUCGUGCCCCUUUUGUACGUUUGGUUUUGCUACAAAAGACCGUUUAAAAACACACAUUCGGACCCACACAGGAGAGAAACCUUACGAAUGUACCAUUUGUCCAUACAGAUCUUCAAGAAAGGACUCUCUGAAAAACCACAUGUUAACCCAUCAGAUUUAAGAUAGGUUUAUUUAGUUUUCAUUUGUAAAAUAAUAUUUUAAAGCUUAUUUCUGUGUAUGGCUUAAUUUUUUAUAUACUUGUAUGUGUAAUGCAUUGUUUCCAUUCAUAUUUUUUUAAAACCAGAUAGUUGUUAGGGUAGAUAUUGCACUUGAGAUGUUUUUUGCAAUUUCCAGUAAAAUCAGCUUAUGUGCACAUGAAAGAGUUUCAUAUGUUGCUUUUUGAUAAUGAUAUGUUCUACGAACAUUAAACAAAGGUUAGUUUAUUAUUGUUCAUUUUUGAACUGCUGUAUAAUGGUUCACAUGAAUUUUGAAAACCCUAUUUUAUGAAUACAUACUUGAAGUUUACAGUAGCCAGGAAAAUAAUCAGUAUUUUUUCAAACAGUUAAAAAAAUUAAUAUUUUUCCUUGUAUAACUGAUUUCAUACAUUUAUAUGUUUGUAUUUGCAAGUUUGGUUUGCAGACAUUAGUGUUACAAUACCUGUAUAUGUUGAAGGCUGGGUUUCUACACCUUCAGAUAUGUUAUGCCAGGUUUGAGUUCAAAAUAAAUAUACCUACUUAUCAGAAAAUACUCUAUAUAUCUUCCAAACAAAGUUACAGAAAGGUGUUGUGGAUUUAACUGUGUCCAGUUUACUAGUAUGCAAGUGAUGAUGUGUCUGAUAAACUUGUAUACAAGUGAUAACUUUGUGUCUGACAUACUAGUGUGCUAGUGAUGAUUUUAUGUCCAACAUACUAGUAUGCAAGUGAUGACUUUGUGUCCAAUGUACUAGUACGUAAGUGAUGACUUUUGUGUCCAAUGUACUAGUAUGCAAGUGAUGAUUUUAUGUCCAAUGUACUAGUAUGCAAGUGAUGACUUUGUGUCCGACAUACUAGUAUGCAAGUGAUGACUUUGUGUCCAAUGUACUAGUAUGCAAGUGAUGAUUUUGUGUCUGACUUACUAGUAUUCAAGUGAUGACUGUGUCCAUUGUAUUAGGCACAAUUUUUUGUGGCUUCUAAACCACAAUCUGCUAAUAUUUUUGACCUUAGCACUAACUGUUUGGUUCUUCAACCUCUUCAUGCCUUUGAAAAAAAAAUCUAAAACCAGAUGGGCUCAAGCACUGUAUCACGGUUAGCAUAGCCUGACUAGCAUAAGUAAACAGUGAAACCAGGACCUGUUGCACCACCGCCAGUUUCCCUUCCAGUAAACAAGGUGUGGAAUUGGUAGGAAGAUGCCUUAUUCAUUCCAGAUUUAUUACAAUUUCAUGAUACAGUACUAACAAAGGAAUUCAUCCAAAAAGCACAUUAUUGAGAUUUAAGCUAGGAUAACUCAAUAUAGUCAAACAGUAUGACUUAUGUCCAUGUUUUGAUAAGUAUCACCUUGAAACAAUUGUAAUAUCAUAAGUAUUCCUUGUACACAGUGUUGGUGAGGACCAAAACAACUAAUAAAAUAGAAUAAAAAACAAUUACUUGUCCCAAUUUAUAUUGUAUAUUCCAAGUGGAGCAAUGUUAGGCUAAGCAUUUCCCCUUGUUGGAAGUACAUCUUAUAUCAUAAGAAACUAGUAUACAUAGUGUUGAACAUUUAAAACAAUUAAAAAAAUGGAAAAAAAAUCAUUGUAAUACUUAUAGAGAAUAAAGUUUGAAUUUGAAUUUGAAUAAUUUGGCAUCAAUAAAUUGUAAAAUGGAGAUGUACCUGGUACAUUUAUACUGAUGUUUCCAGCAAGAAUUUAUGUUUUCACUAACUUCAGCACACCAUAAAAUCACGAUUUUUUUUAUCAAAUUCCACUCAUCUUAGUUUUACACAAAAAUGCACUCUUUCAAUCUGUAGGAUUUUUUUUCCUUUAAAU